AUGGUUCAGCCUGAAAAAGUGAACGGCACUCGGUCUGAGAUUGAAACAGCAAUUGAAACUUGUCCAGACGGGAUUGCGCCUGUCGAUACACUCCAUGGUGAUGAGGCAACCAAAGUGUUGAGAAACUACACUGGCGACCAGACAUGGCUUCAACACGAGGAAAAGCUCGUCAGAAGGAAGAUUGACUUCCGCCUGCUUCCUGUGCUGUGCGCGACCUAUGGCUUGCAGUAUUAUGACAAGGCUAUGCUGUCCCAAGCAGCACUAUUUGGGCUGCGAGAAGACCUGGGCCUCGAAGCCGGGAGCAAAUACUCCUUCUGUGCGUCUAUUUUCUACCUUGGGUUUAUUGUGGGCGCAUAUCCUGCAAUUCUUCUUGCUCAGAGGUUCCCAAUAGAACGCGUAGCGGCGGUGUCCGUCCUUCUCUGGGGCAUAUGUUUGAUCUGCACGGCGGCGUGCGACAGUUGGAAGACCAUUUUUGCACAGCGCUUUUUCCUGGGGCUCUUGGAGGCUGGAAUCAGUCCCAUGUUCAUGAUGGUCGUGGGCCAAUUCUACAAAAAGGACGAGCAAGCUCUUCGCAUGGGUGUAUGGUACUGCACGACAGGAUACGUCUCGAUAGUGUCUCCUUUAAUCAAUUACGGUCUAGGGCACAUCAAGGGCUCGCUCUCCCCCUGGCGCUACAUGUACCUUGUUGCUGGAGCAGUGACGAUGCUGUGGUCUGCCGUCAUCCUCUACUUCAUGCCGUCUGAUCCGAUUCGUUGCUGGGGUUUGAGCGACAGAGAGAGGUAUAUCGCAGUCGCCCGUCUCCAAACCAACAAUACAGGCGUGAGGAAUACCCACUUCAAGAAAGAUCAGGGCAUCGAGUUGUUGAGUGACUUGAAGUUCUGGCUUCUCUUUUGCGCAACUUUCUUGAUGCUGAUCGCAAAUGGGCCGGUGUCGACCUUUGUGCCACUCAUCAUUCACAACAUGGGCUUUGGCAGGCUCCACUCACUGCUCCUUCUUACGCCGAUCGGGGCUAUCAUCGGCACACUCCAACUAGGCUCGUGUCAUGCCGCCUACAAACUGGCCAGAGCGAGAUGCUAUAUUGCUAUUAUCUGCGAAACUGGCACGAUCCUUGCGUGCUUGCUACUAUGGCGACUGCCAGCUCACGCAACUGGUGGACUGCUGUUUGGAACGUAUAUUCUCGCUGCCAACAGUGCAGCAUACGCCGUCCUCAUGGGCAUGCAACUUGCCAACACCGGAGGCUAUACGAAGAGGUCUCUGGCCUCGUCGGGACUUUUUGUGGGUUACUGUGCCGGCAAUAUCGUUGGACCUUUAUUGUUCAAGUCGUCCGAUGCUCCUCGCUACGCACCCGGAUUCAUAGCGGUCUUCAUCACGGCUUGUGUGGCGGUCAUUCUGAUCUUCAUCUACCGAAUAUGCUGUGUUUGGGAGAAUCGUAAACGCGACAAAAGUGGCACAAUGGAGGGGUUCGAGCAUGCGUACGAGGACGAUUUUACGGACCGAACAAACAAGCAAUUCCGGUAUCUGUACUAG